AUAGAGUCAAAUAAGCUGAAGACGGCAAGAGCCUACGCAAAGUGCAGGCAGCCAAGACAUGAUUAAGCCCACCUUCAUCCUCCUUCUUUUCUUGUUUGUGAACCUCAACCAUGGAAGAGAGCUGCCGGAGGACUACUGGAAGAGCAUAAUGAAAGAAGAGCGAAUGCCGGAAGCGAUUAGAGAUCUUCUUGUUGAAGGUCCAGAGGCUUCUCAACCUGCAGGGGCUAAAAGAAUAAAGCAUUUUGUUAAGGAUUUUGACACAAGGUCUAUUGCUGUUAUAUAUCGGAAGCUUAGCGAGCCAGAGAAAAUAACAACUGAGGAUUAUAAGAAGAAAGGAGAUGAAUAUUCCUUUGUUGAGCUUAACAAGCCUGAGAUGGAAUUUCAUACAUAUCAUAGGGAUCAUAAACUGAAGAUUUGAAAAUAUAUACAUAUAUGCAUGAAUUAUUAAUUUGUAGAAUACUAGUUAAGUAUCCUUGUUUUAGUGUUUUCUUUUUCUAUAUUUUGAUAAAUUUCUUUUCCUUGUCUUUUCUUUAA